UCAAAGUCACACAAGAACACAUAGGGGAGGUAAAGCUUUUCAAUGUGAGGUAUGUGGGAAAGCCUUUCAUUCCCCCACUUUAUUUAGAAKACAUGAAAGAACUCAUUCUGGAGAGAAAUCCCAUGAAAGUAAAGAAGGUGGUAAAACCAUGGAUUCACCCAGAAGUCUUCACAGUCACGUGAUCACGCACACUGGGAAAGUACUUUUUAAAUGUAACRUAUGUGGGAAAGACUUUGCUUCCCAAAGUUUAUUUAGAAUACAUCAGAGAAAACAUACUGGAGAGAAGCCCUAUAAAUGUCAACAAUGUGGAAAAGCCUACACUACUUCAUCUUACUUUCAGAUACAUAAACAAAUCCAUGCUGGAGAGAAGCCCAAUGAAUGCCAACAAUGUGGAAAAGUCUUCACUUGUUCUUCUUCCCUUCACACACAUGAACGGAUACAUACUGGAGAGAAGCCCUAUGAAUGUAAGCAGUGUGGCAAAGCCUUCACUCGGUCCACUCACCUUCACUUACAUGAAAAAACUCAUACUGGUGAGAAGCCCUAUGAAUGUCAACAAUGUGGCAAAGCCUUCAGUACUUCUUCCUACCUUCAGAUACAUGAGCGGACUCAUAGUGGGGAGAAGCCCUAUGAAUGUCAACAAUGUGGGAAAGCCUUCAGUAUUUCUUCCUACCUUCAGAUACAUGUGCAAAUUCAUAGUGGGGAGAAGCCCUAUGAAUGCAAUCAGUGUGGCAAAGCUUUUGCUCAAUCAUCUACCCUUCACAAACAUAAAAAAACUCAUAUGAAAAAGAAACCCUAUGAAUGUCAACAAUGUGGGAAAGCCUGCCCUAGUUUGUCUUACCUUCAGAGACAUGAACGUAGGCAUACUGGAGAGAAGCCCUAUGAAUGUACGCAGUGUGGCAAAGCCUUCACUCGGUCCACUCACCUUCACUCACAUGAAAAAUCUCAUACUGGGGAGAAGCCCUAUGAAUGUCAACAAUGUGGGAAAGUCUUCACUACUUCUUCUUCUCUUCAUAGACAUGAAGGAACGCAUACUGGAGAGAAGCCCUAUCAAUGUCAACAAUGUGGAAAAGCCUACGCUACUUCAUCUUACCUUCAGAUACAUGAACAAAUCCAUGCUGGAGAGAAGCCCAAUGAAUGCCAACAAUGUGGAAAAGUCUUCACUACUUCUUUUUCCCUUCACAGACAUGAAUGGAUGCAUUCUGGAGAGAAGCCCUAUGAAUGUAAGCAGUGUGGCAAAGCCUUCACUAACUCCUCUAUACUUCACAGACAUGAAAAAACUCAUACUAGAGAGAAACCCUAUGAAUGCCAACAAUGUGGGAAAGCAUGCAGUACUUUGUCUUUCCUUCAGAGACAUGGACAAAUCCAUACUGGAGACAAGCCCAAUGAAUGCCAACAAUGUGGAAAAGUCUUCACUUCUUCUUACAACCUUCACAUACAUGAACGAACGCAUACUGGAGAGAAGCCCUAUGAAUGUAAGCAGUGUGGCAAAGCCUUCACUCGGUCCACUCUCCUUCACUCACAUGAAAAAACUCAUACUGGAGAGAAGCCCUAUGAAUGUCAACAAUGUGGGAAAGCCUUCAGUACUUCUUCCUACCUUCAGAUACAUGAGCGGACUCAUAGUGGGGAGAAGCCCUAUGAAUGUAAGCAGUGUGGCAAAGCCUUCAUUAGGUCCUCUAAACUUCAUAGACAUGAAAAAACUCAUACUGGGGAGAAACCCUAUGAAUGUCAACAAUGUGGGAAA